AUGCAGAACUUCUCUCACACCAUAUGGAUGGGUGAUUUGGAACCCUUCAUGGACGAAGCUUUCAUCCGACAAGCGUUUGAAUUCCACGAUGAAAAGGUUGUCAGUGUAAAGAUAAUUCGAAAUAAAGCGACAGGUCAAACUCUCGGUUAUGGCUUCGUAGAAUUCCAAGAUGGUGUUGCUGCUCGGGAUGCUAUGUUGAAGUUGAACGGAAAACCAAUUCCAGGCAUUCCUACGCGGCGCUUUAAGCUCAAUCACGCUAGCUAUGGAAAGGACAGUACUGCUGGAGAAUAUUCGCUUUUCGUUGGCGAGCUAACCGAAGAUGUAGACGAUUUGAUUCUCUUUAACGCCUUCAAAAAGUACCCAUCCUGUCGCUCGGCUAAAGUUGUUAUGAACAAUGGCAAGAGUAGGGGCUAUGGAUUUGUCAGGUUUGCGUCAGAGGCUGAUCAGGAUAAGGCGUUGAUAGAGAUGCAGAAUUUCUGUGGUCUUGGCUACAAACCAAUCCGCGUGAGUCUGGCCAUUCCGAAGCGCUACACUGCGGACGGACAGCUCAUUCAGGCAGCUAAAGACGAACAGGCAGCCGCCUCAUCAUCACUUCUACCCAGUGGUGUUCCCGAUCCCUUCACCGCGGCAGUGGCGGCAGCAGUGAGCGGCAGUUCACAGGCCCAAGCCGACUACUACCAGGCCUAUCAACAGUACUACCAGCAGUACUACGCCGCGCAAUACGCGCAGUACAGCUACGCGCAGAACAACGCGUCGGGCGACAGCGAACAGUUGGUGGCGCAGGCCGUCGCUUCCGCUGCCAGUCUAGCCACCUCCUAUGGCGGUGUGUUUGCAGCCGCUGCUGAGGAUCCGCUUCAUGAACACAUUCCCGGUGAGAGCAGACGGAUUUUUUACUACUUGCCUCAUCCAUCAUCGCUCUCUGCAGCCUUUGACCGGCCUCGACACAUUCAGGACAUCGACGAGUGUUUCCACUUUCUUGAGUCCUCCAGAUGGGACUUCUCUGACCCAUCUCUCCCUCUCCUCAUUGCUACAAUUCCACAAUAA